UUUGUGUUGGCGGAUAUUUCCGCGUAUAAUAUUUCCUCAAUUGUAUCUCAUUAUGACCUUGGAACGUUUCUAGAACAAACGCAAACGCUUGGUUACAGACAGAAAGGCAAGGAUCGUCUGAAAGAUGAAAAAACUUGAACUUAUAACCUAUACUAUUGUGCUUCUUUGCACGAUUAAUGUCGUCAUCGGCAGACGGAUUUCUGAUGACGAAAAUGGCUAUGGCUCCGGAAGUGGAUCUGGAAGCGGAUCGGGAAGUGGAGCCGAUUCUGAAUAUGAUUCUAGCGAGGCUGACAAUGACAGUGGAGAAGCUAACAAAUACAAAUACUGUCCAACCAACUGGCUCAAUUAUGGGAACAAAUGCUACCGUUUAAGCAAAUGUAAUGUCAACUUCGAGCAAGCGACAAGAUUUUGUCAGGGAUACAAUGGUUACAUAGUCAUUCUGGAUGAUGUAAAAGAGGAACGUUUCGUCCAGGACGCACUAAUGAAAGCUAACAAUUGGACAUGGGCAAGGAUAGGUAUAACUGACGAAAACCAAGAAGGAAGAUGGCGAAGUGUUAAAGGCUACCCGCUAACAUAUACAAAUUGGCGAUAUGGGGAGCCGAGUAAUGGGUGGCCUGGACCAGACGAAAAUUGUGCUUAUCUUGGAGGAAAUAGUCGACGAAGCGACGGUUUAUUUGACUGGAAUGACACACCCUGUAGUGCAAACGUGCCAUUUGUCUGUGAAAAGGAAGCAAGUGAAUUUCCUCUGUCAGAGUCGGAUAAAGAUGACUUUGUCUUCGGAAGCGUAUCGGGAGGUGGAUGUGGAAAUGAAGCCGAUUCUGGAAUUGAGUCUGAACAUGAUUCUAGCGAGGAUGACAAUAACAGUGGAGAAGUCAACAAAUACAAAUACUGUCCAACCAACUGGCUCAAUUAUGGGAACAAAUGCUACCAUUUUAGCAAAAGUAAUGUCAACUUUGAGCAAGCGACAAGAUUUUGUCAGGGAUACAAUGGUUACAUAGUCAUUCUGAAUGAUGUAAAAGAGGAACGUUUCGUCCAGGACGCACUAAUGAAAGCUAACAAUUGGACAUGGGCAAGGAUAGGUAUAACUGACGAAAACCAAGAAGGAAGAUGGCGAAGUGUUAAAGGCUACCCACUGACAUAUACAAAUUGGCGAUAUGGAGAACCGAGUAAUGGGAAGCUUGGACGAGACGAAAACUGUGCUUAUCUUGGGGGAAAUAGUCGACGAAGCGACGGUUUAUUUGACUGGAAUGACACUCCCUGUUAUGCAACCAUGCCGUUUGUCUGUGAAAGGGAAGCAAGUGAAUUUCCUCUGCCAGAAACUGAAGAGGAAAAGCAGCUUGAAUGCAAAGUAUCUAACCUUGGAGUUGAAUACCUUGGACGCGUGUCUCAGUCUCAGUCAAAGAGAAAUUGCAUCAAUUGGGAGGACAAAUUAAAUUUACUCUCGUGGACAACGUCGUGGGCACAAUCGAUGCCUCCAAAUGACAAAUUUCCCAUGGUUCCAAAUGGCACUGCAAUUCACAGGCACCGGGUAGCUAAGAAUUAUUGUCGAAAUCCUGAUGCUAGUUUGUUAGGGCCAUGGUGCUACGUGUUCAAGCCUAAACCAUACGAAAACGAAAUAGAGAAAGAACUUUGCACAAUACCAAUGUGCACCGAGGAAGAUACAAAACUUGAAACUACUUCUGCGAUAAAUUUCGGAAAGGAAUAUAUCUUUGUAUCACCGGAGACUCAGAUGACAUACCACACCGCUAAGGCUUACUGCAAGACGAAGUAUGCAUCAUUGCUCGAGCUGGGGGGUUCAGAAGAAGAGUCUUGGAUCGAAAAACAGAUGCGAGAGAGAGGAUACACUUGGGUUGUUAUGGGAAUAAAUGAUUUAAAACACGAAGGGAAAUGGAGAAAUGAGGAUGGAACGACACCGCAGUAUACAAAUUGGGCGUUAGGAGAACCAAAUCGGUUCACAGGCGACUGGGAGGAUUGUACCUAUGUAACUCCAUCAGAGUAUGGCAGUGGGUCACUUUGGAAUGACAUCACGUGCAAUACUCCAAUACCAGUGAUUUGUGAGAGACCCUUCAAAGAGCGCCUGGUAGAGCAGAAGCCCUAUAACCAAGUGAAUGAACAAUAAUAAACUAAACUAAGUAAGAUGAAAGAAAACCAUUGACCUGCUGGAUCAUGAAAGAUCAUGAGGAUAACUUGUAUGGCAAUGACAGAGUGAUAAUUGGACAAUUAAUUUGAAAGCGCCUUAUUAGACAAUUAACUUGUAAUGGCUUUGGAGUUCAUUUGACAUUACAAAUGUAUGAGCUUGUCAGAUAAUAAAUAUACAUUUCCUCCAAUUGUGAUUGAAUGUUUUUUUAAAUGGUCAUUAAAUAUAAAGCAAACAUGACAUGUGAAGUGAAUAUAUAUUAACAAAUAAAAUGUUUGCCUUAAUGCAUAUAUUAACUUUCUAUACAGACAUUAUGUACAUAUAUAUAACAUUAUGCACUGCAAUAAGGAGAUUAAGUGGAAGGUUGAAUUGUUAUCCUCAUUGUCCUUGAUCCUUUUAAUGCUAAAAUCAAUCAGUAAUAAAUUACAAUAUUAUCAUUAGUGCCACCACAAUUUUCCAUGAUUCAAAUUAGAUCAUCAUUUCAGACUCAAAACAUAAAGAAGUU